AAAUAGUGACUGUAACAUUCCAUGUGCCAGUGGCUCGAUCAUUUGAAGGAUUCGUUUCUGCGUGCUGGUGCAUUUUCAAGUGCUCGAUCUAUUUCGAUUUCGAUGUUGUAUCAUCAUGAAACGACUAUUCGGCUGCACGCAGUCUGUAAAUGUGUGUUGAAAACGGACAGCUGUGCAACUAGUCCAGCAUAGACUACGAUGUUGACUGGUAACCGUUCCACUGGAGGGAUACUACUAGGCCUCAUAGCGUUCAUCCUGAACGUUGCUCUGGUGUCGUCCUCCUUUACGAAACCCGACUGGGUAGAACUACUUGAUAACGGCUAUUCGGGUGUCGUGGUUGCCAUUCAUGACGACGUACCGGAGAGCAUGGAGCUGAUUUUGGCUGUGAAGGAAUUGUUCUCUAAUGCCUCGCGAUAUCUCUAUCGAGCAACGAAACGGAGAGCGUUCUUCAAGAACGUAACGAUUGUAAUUCCGCAGGCCUGGGCGUGGUCAGCCCAUUACGGACCCAGUCGUGGCCAUCACCACGACGUCAUCGUUAUGCCAGCCAAUCAGCACUGGGCGCCAGAUCCCUACACCAAUCAGUACCAAGGCUGUGGGGAGCGCGGGAUCAGUAUCCGUCUUGGGGCGGACUUUCUUCUCGAUCCACUAGUGGAAAAGUACUAUGGUCCACGAGGUCGGUUACUGGUGCACGAGUGGGGCUAUUAUCGCUGGGGCUUGUUUAACGAAUAUCCAGAUCCUGUCACGGAACCUGAUGUUCAGGAGGAGUUCUAUUUCUCAACUAUUUCCAACAAGUUUCAAGGCAUCAGCUGUUCGUCAGGAUUCCCCUCCCAGGCCUUGGCUUUCGACUUGCAUAGCAACAGGUACUGGACAUGCGCAGGGAAUGAUACAGUCGGCUACGAGGAGGGUUGUGCGCAUGUCACAACGGACGACGGCGACGUCACGCAGCCUACAGGCUCCAUCAUGUAUGGAAGGCAUUUUUACAACUGGGUCGUGAAUUUUUGUGACUCGGACGACACCGACCGGCCGGGUAGUCUCCACGAUCGUGAGGCUCCAACCAGACACAACCGGCUGUGUGGUGGUCGGAGCUGCUGGGACAUCAUGAGACAACACAAUGACUUCAAAGAUGAUGCCAAUCUACCACGUAACGUAGACGAUGCCGAGUUACAGCCAACGUUCAACCUCGUACAAGCUCGGGAUAAGAGGGUGGUUCUUCUGAUAGACUCGUCUUCAAGUAUGCGGUACGAUAACCGUUUCGACCGACUGCGCAGCGCGGCCGCUCAUUUCAUCCAAUCGGUGGCGGACAAUAGCAGUCACGUGGGGAUCGUGCACUUCAACGAGGUUGCGCAUAUCUGUAGCGGGCUCGUUCAGAUACGCUCUGAAAGCGAUAGACAAUUUCUGCUAGACUCUUUACCGAUCGUCUCUGGCAACAGUAGCACUAAUUACAGCAAAGGACUGCUGGUGUCUUUGCAGGUUCUGUCAUUUGAGGGAACGAGAUCUGCGGCCGGCGGUAUUGUUCUCCUGUUUGCAGAUGGUGGUGACAACGAUCAAGCUGCAACCGACGACGCUGUCGUGAAGCUUGUCGAAGACAACGUUAUCGUUGACACGGUUGCUCUCGCUCGGAACCCCCGCACCUUUCCAGAUAUCGCAGCAAAGACAGGCGGGACAUCUUUUCACUUCCAGACAGAUCUGGUUGGUCUGGUGCCCUCUUUAUACCAAGCGUUUGCAGGCCUAAUGAUCAGGAGCCAAUCGGAGCAUGACUCAAAGAGGAGAAUCAUAAUUUCAAGCUUCAAUGUUGAUCUUGCGAGAGGUGAUGAGCAGACAAGGAACUUCAGCUUGGACGAUUCAGUCGGACGUAAAACAGAAGUACUGUUUACCUGGACAGAGCAGGAUUCAAUUGAUACAGAUAUCAUCUUGACGUCUCCAAGUGGAGUUAACUUCAAUAGUACCUACCUCGGGUAUCAGAACAGGACGGACUUCAAGUACCUGACGUUCUCCAUUCAAGGCACGGCUGAGACAGGGCCGUGGGAGGUGCGCAUGCGCAACCCGUCGGGCUCAGACGCCGUGAUGAUCACAACCAUCGUGACGUCGUACGCAAGAAGUGAUGACGUAGAACCCAUCGUCGUCGCCCCUAUGCUGAGCAGCUACAAGAUUGACGCGGCUUCGGGACAACGCCUGAGCCUCUUCGCUGAAGUCCGGCAGGGGUUGCGGCCGGUAGUCGGGGCCCGUGUUGUCGCUACUGUCUACCCCCCAGGUGGAUAUCCUGAGAGGAUUGUCGAAUUAUUGGAUAAUGGGGCCGGGGCAGAUGUGCGUAGAAACGACGGAGUGUACACGCGAUACUACGUGGAUCAACCGAACCAGAAAGGGUUUAAUACAGUGCAGGUCACCGUGAACAAUGGGCCCAACACGACAGCCCUCAACGUCACAUCACAGCCCAGAAUUGUCGCUGACAUAAGCCCAAAGGAGUACGCAGGAUUUCCCAAAAUAGGGAAUUUCCGGAUCUUUGCUCCGGGCACCAAACCGAGGCAGCUUCAGGGCACACCAGUCACGGACCUAUCCCGGCAAGCAGCUGGAAUCACGGCUUACUACGCCAGCGUUCUCAGCUCUCCAGGCUACGUCUUGCCGCCAUGCCGCGUCCAGGACCUUCGCGCCGUCGAAACGUGGUACCGAGACGGUUGGAUGACAGUGACGCUGUCGUGGACAGCACCAGGAGAGGACGCCGACCGUGGCACCGCGUCUCUGUAUGACAUCAGAUACGCUCAAAAUGUUGCGACAAUCGUCGAUAACUUCGACAGUGCCACACCAGUGUCCACAUCAGACGUUCUCCGCGGGAAUAUGACCCAGCCUCGAGCUUCAAUGAAUGCGGAACGCUUCACCGUUCGGGUUCCUAUCGGUGAGUCCGCCACAAGCUCGCCAGCGUCAUCGGUGAUCUUCGCCCUCAAGGCGGCAGACGGGGAUGGUCGCUUCAGCGAAAUGUCCAACGUGGCCCGCGCUACCUUCAGGUCGUUUGUGCCUGAGCCGGCUUUGCCGAGCCCAUCAACUGAGUCUGCUGUAUCUUUCUCAACGUCUCCACCAGAGUCCUCGAUUGGAACAGUGCAAAGUACGUCAUCAGGAGAUGUAAACCAGCAAACAUCAGAACAACGCAACGAAGAAACACCAACAGCAAAAUCAACUUCCGUACUGGACGGCGCUGUAACGGCGGCUUUGCUAUCGACGGCAGUCAGCGGUGGGUACACGCGCACACAUACAUGUACGACCGUCCAAUCCCUUCAGUUGAACUCAGUCACCGUUGCUGCCGUAGCGGUCUGCGUAGUGGUGGUGGUAUCUAGCGCCCUCAUUGCUGGUAUGCUGUACAUAAAGUGGAAACAUUAUCAGAGUCGCAUGGUCCGCGUGACGAACAUCAAAAGUAAUGCAGACCAAGAGCACGAGGGUGAGGGUCAGGGAUCAGGCUUCUAUCGCUUGAGCUCUACCUCGUCAACCGAGAAUAAUACAACCCACUGCUGAAAGUCCUCAAGAGAGUUAAAGGGAGUGUCAAUAGUUAUAAUUACCAAAGAAUUUUUUUGAGGUGGUGGAAGUUUCCAAAAAUUCAGUGACAAAAGGUUGACGGAUAAAAAUGCUGCACUUGUUGCUUUUGUGGCUUCAACUCAGUGAAAUACGGAGACCUCUGAACAAUGUGCUCUUUGUAAGAGCUCCAAGUCCCAUACCCAUCCUGCAUCGCACCACAAUAAGUGGUUAAAUAUUGCUUUUACACUUCAAUAUUGCCCCCUUUUCUAGAAAACUGUCUUUUGCAUUUUAUUGAAUUUGUUCCAACAGAACUUUCAAUUUUGUACAAAAAACCCAUUUUACUUAAUUUAAGUUCGAAAGAAAAAAUUUGCCGUACACUUGACUCCUUUUGUAAUUAUUUGUAAUUAUGAUUUUUGUGAAAAAAAUUUAUCUAAAAUGGCCCCAAUAAUGGCAGACUGUUGCUUUUCCUUCGAAAACCCUACAUUUUUAAAGACAAUUUCGGCUUGAUAAGAUUAUCAUUUUUGCCUUUUAUCACCGCCAACUGAUGACAUGCAAAACUUUUCGUCGAAACGAAGCUCAACUGUCACUAAACAUUAUACCGCCAGUGGCAUUUUACUCAGCUCGCCAAACACUCAUAAAUGUUGCAAAACUUUGAGGUUGCUUUUGAAAAGGGACCACGGACAAUCUAAGAUCACCUGUACCAGGCAUGAUCAUGCGGUUAGUCACUGUAAUUACGCUCAAAUAUAUGCAAAACUGGAAAGUGAGUGCAGGACUUCAGAAAACAAUGAUCACUGACCUCAUUCGGCCAAUGAUGAAGUAACCAAACUGUCAACCUGAAAGGCAAUAGAGCAGAUUUAGGGUAACAAAGGGUAACAAAACAGACAAAGCUCGAGCUUCGCUGAUUCUGGGGCUAAAAUGUGGAACGAUCUGCCGAAUACUCUCAGACAAAUUGAGUCUCUUCCAGUUUUUAAAACUGAGCUUUUUCAACUAUUGUUUACAUAAUACACAUGUUUCUAUAUUUGUGUCUUAUUCUCUAUUUUUAUUUCCAUUAAUAUACAUUACUCGAUGUUCUGCUCUCUAUAUACAUGUACAUUGUCAUUUUUAAUUUACGUAUAUUUUAUACCAGUUUUGUUCAUGUGAAUUUAUGUUGUAAUUUAGUUUUAAUAUCUUUUUUAUGGUACUUUUGUU